AUGUGGUUAAACACUCGGGAGCUCACAGCAGACAACGACGGUAUCACUACACAUGAUGGCGUAUGGGGCUUUGCUAGCUCCAGUCAAAGUGCUUCCCAUGGAUCCAUUGGCGUUUCGGGCUCACGCGCACUUUGGAACCGAAUGGAAUUAGCUGAAGAAGAAAGAGAGGAAGAAGCUUUGCCUUCUUAUCUUUCAUACGUACAACCGGCAUUCCAUUCAGCGUCUACAACGUCUACAACAUUCGUGUCAAGUGUAGCACCGUCCGGAGAUUUUUACACACCAAAGCGUAGCAUUUCAGAUCUUUCAACACCUUCUUAUCAACUAUCACAACGUGUACUUGCUACGCCUGAAGUAAACCAAGUGACUUGCAAGAGUUCGGAGCUAGCACAAGCUCUGGAGCAUCUUGUGCUUGAUUCAGUCCAACGGCAUGUUAACGAGACUACAAUGGGCAAUGCACCGAUCAAAUGCACGUGCUCUUGUAGUGCUAUGCAAAUAAAGAUGCAGGAGAUGGAGAGAAAGGUGCAAACGCUACAGAACCAGGUGCUGGAGCUGACCAAAAACACAAUUCCGACAGCUAGUGAGGUCGGCAGAGCUAGUAAUAAUAACAGUUGGAGUGCUACUGCACCACCUUUUGUGCCAAAACAGCAGCAGUACAAGCAACCUUCUUUGUCGACUCUGCCGCUACAUGCUUCGACUAUGGAUCAGUCGACGGCGACGGUAUUGAGUGACAGGAUCUCGACAUUAGAAGGACGACAGAGUGCAUUCCAGUCGCAAUUGGCACAGAUUGCAAAAGUAUUGGGAAUACCGGCUGGAAAACCGGGAAAACAUAUUCCGGUAAAGCAUUUGGUGCAGACGCUGCGUGAUGAAGUAGAUGCGAAGAUGCAGGAGGCGCGAAUAGAUUUGAUCGCGGAUAUGAGGACUGCGCUGGGAGAUUUUGCAGUGGGAGACAAGGGGAAGGAUGGGGUGUCUUUGAAUGCGAUUCUUGCGGCGUUAGCGGGCGAACAUGAGGCGUCUUUAGCAAGCCUUAGUGAAUCGUUUGAGGGACUCCUAGCGGAGGAAGCAAGGCAGCGUGCAGCACUUGAAGCUCGUGUUCGGUCUCAGCUAGCGCAGCAAGAGGAGUGGCUGCAGCAGCUCGAGGGAGCUUUUGGAUCUCCACACGACCCGGAACACGACCAGGACCCUGGACGCAAAGACUGGAACAUUGUUCAGACCAAACUUGCAGCGCUAGAACAAAGAUGCGAAGAAAGCCACAAACUUUGCAAGUGUUUAGCUCGAUUACUUCCGGAUGCAACAAAUUUUAGACUUCUAUUAAAACCUGGAGAAGAAGAAGAAGAAGAGGAGAAAGGACUGAGCUGGCCCGGACACGUGGUGGACAUAGCAUAG